CCUAUUUGUAUUGAAGUGAUGUCUUGUCUCUGCUUACUAAGUCUGUUUUGGAGGGGAAAAGAAUGUGGAGUCAUCAAAUAGCAGCAGCAAACCAGAGGAGGUUUGCACAGUCCAGAUGUAUGAAUGAGUCUCGAGGGUAUUGUAGUUUGUGCGGAAGUAUUGAAAAUGAAGUCGUAGGAGUAGGCACAUGUGACAUGCUUUAAGUUUGGAGGUGUUGUUGGAAAUUGGUUUUGCCAUUCAUGGAACUCAAGCACACAGACUGAAGUGAAGGCAGAGUGGCACGGAAAGGUAGGGAGCGAGAGCACAGCAGGCUUCUCGCCGCAAGUGCAAUGCCAAUGCAAUUAGGCAAAGCAGGUCGAGACAGCUAGGUAGGUAGGCGGCCAUGGACAGCUGACGACCAUGGUGUACAGGCAUCAUGUGACAGCUGACGACCAUGGCUGGUGCCUGCUGGAUGUCGGACGAUGCUCCGAUCCGUUGCCGUUCUUUAGUAGUAGAACUAGUAAUGCAGGAGAUGGCAUCUCCAUUGGCAUGCUUCAGGAGGACUGGACUGCCGGCAGGGCAGGGGAAUGAAUUGCCUGAAGCGUUGUUCAAGCGAGCCUCUCAACAUCGUACCCACCGGAAAAUGGCAGCUGCUGCACUGCAACGUCCUUCUUCCUUCCUUGCCAUUGCCUCCAUCCAUUCCCUGGUAGCCUUGUAUGCCCGCCUGUUCCGUCGUCCGUGAUGCCUUGCCACCAUUCCGUCCGUUCCAUGAUCUCACUACUCCCUACCCGUCCUCAUUAAUGCGAGACCCCACCCACAUUGAGAACCAACCAGAGAUACAUCCCUCCCCUCCAUUAAACAAGCAAGGCUCCUGCUGCUCCUUGGACAGGACAGGAGGGAGAGGGAGGAGAGCCAACAGCAACAAUGGGGAUCUGCUGCAGCAAGGCCAAGGCACCAGCAGGGGACCUCGACGACGGCGAGCAAGGAUUCCCAUGGAUGCACGACGACCUGUUCCACCACCACCUCUGGACCAGCGCCGCCGUCUCCAUGCACACCAAGCAAGGAUGGAAGGGUGCCAACCAGGACGCCAUGACCGUCUCCCAGGACUUUGCUGGCCACAAAGGCCACAUCUUCUGCGGGGUAUUUGAUGGGCAUGGCCCUCUUGGCCGACAAGUUGCUCGCCGUGUCCGCGACACCCUUCCCUUGAAACUAUCCUCUGCUUUGAAGCCGAAAACUGAAGAAGAAGAUCCCUCAACCCAUACUUCCAAGCUCACAACUGAAGAAGACCACUCAAGCAAUACAGAUUUGAAUUCCUGUGACAAGUCAGACUCCACCUCGUUUAGUGAUGAUACAACCGAUGAGAAGCUCCUGUUGUCAACUUGGAAGAACAUAUUUAUGAAGGCAUUUGAUCAGGUGGAUGAGGAGCUCAGGCAACAUUCAGGAAUUGACUGCAUUUGCAGUGGCACCACAGCAGUCACUGUUGUUAGGCAGGGUGAUCACUUGAUUAUCGCCAAUUUGGGUGACUCGCGUGCUGUUCUUUGUACCCGGGACAGCAAGGACCGUAUGAUCGCAGUCCAACUGACCACUGACUUGAAGCCAGAUCUUCCAAGUGAACUCGCAAGGAUUCUGAAUUGCAAGGGGCGAGUUUUCGCCAUGGAUGACGAACCAGACGUGCCCAGAAUGUGGUUGCCGGACCAGGAUGCACCAGGCCUUGCCAUGGCAAGGGCCUUUGGGGACUUCUGCCUGAAGAACCAUGGCCUUAUCUGUACACCUGAAGUCUACUACAGGAAGUUAUCUGAAAAGGACGAGUUCUUGGUGCUUGCAACUGAUGGGAUUUGGGACGUGCUGUCGAACAAGGAGGUGGUGAAGAUUGUGUCUUCAGCCAGCGACCCUUCCAAGGCCGCGAGGCAGCUGAUCGACCGUGCGGUCCGAUCAUGGCGGCGCAAGUACCCGACGUCCAUGGUGGACGACUGCGCGGUGGUGUGCCUCUUCUUGAACAGGCCGGCCUCUCGUCCCGACGAGAAGGCGCCUCAGGCCGUAUCGUCGUUCACGGGGAGCUUCCGCAAGGUUGUGAGCGGCGGCCGUGGCGUUGAAGCGUCGGAGGAGGGGACGACGGUGUGGAGAGCCCUGGAGGGUGUGGCGCGGGCGAACUCGGUGAUGAGGCUGCCUCGGAUCGGGCGCGUGCUCAGCUGGCGGAGGCGGUCGUCGAAUUCGCUGAUGGAUGAAGACGACGACGACCGGGAUUGAUGAUUUUUUUUCAUGGUGGGAGCAUGCAAUGGCCGCGAGCUUUUAAUUGGCAGAAAUGAUUUUAGGAUUGGAUUGACAUGAUGCCGCGUCGCAUUCAAUUUGUUGAGAUGAGGUGGAGCGGUAGGCCUAACUGCUGCUGAGACGACGACGCAGCAUGCUGUAACUCGAGAUUCAUCAGCUCGCUUGCAAAACCAUCAGCAUGAUUCAGCAGGAGAUGGCGGCGGCGUUGUGCGGGUGCAGAACCAUCGCCGGCGGUUUGUUUGUUGUGCGAUCAGCCACGACGGCCAUCGAGAAGGACCCUCGCACGCUCCUAGCCGGAGAACACCUCGCCGGUGAAGUAAUCUUACUUGGCCGCAUCGGUGUGGUCGCCUGACACGGAGCGCGGACGAGCCGGCGAGACGUCCAGACCCUGGACGGUAUUUCAUUUACCGUCCGGGCUGAGCUAUCCAGAGCCGUCGGAUCUAAAGAGUAUGAGGCCCCGUUUGCGCGGGCGACGGCCAACGACGACCGCCGCCGGCAUCGUCCUCCGCCGGCGUGUCGAUGUCCGACCGCGUGCAUACAUGUCCUCCGGAUGACGCGACGAACGUCGAGUUCUUGAACCCUAAAGGAUCGGAUGAGCUGCUUUCAUCAUCAUCAUCAGCAGCAGCAGCAGCACAAAGCUGUUAGCAAGCAACAAGCAUGAAUCUGCAUCAUCUAUCUCUGUUUUUUUAGAAAACAGGAGGGGAGAUCCCUACCGGAUAUAUUAAUAAAGAAAAGUUACAAGAUUCUAUAUUACAAAUAUAUGGAGCCAAGCUGUCAUGGU